AUGGAGCCGAUGUUACUUCUGGUGUUAAUAGCCGUAGCCGUUCUCCUGUUGGUGCGAUGCGCUUUGGUCUACGGCCAUCGCACCAGCAAGAUGGCUCCAGGUGGGUAUCUGAACCUCCCUCGUAUGUUCCUCAGUUGCUCAGAAUUCACCGAAUGGGCCGCCAAAUAUGGCGGACUAUACAUGCUGAAAAUUGGCAACGGGAAUAUGGCCGUCAUUACCGAUCGCAGGCUGGUCAAGGAAGUCGUCGAUCGCAAGAGCGGCAUCUACAGCCACCGCCCUCAUUCCUUUGUCUCGCACGAACUUAUUACCAAGGGCAAUCAUCUCCUCGUGAUGCAUUAUGGCGACCAGUGGAGAAUGUUCCGCCGGUUAAUCCACCAGCAUCUCAUGGAGUCGAUGGUUGACAGCCAGCAUAUCAAGAUCGUCAAUGCGGAGGCCAUCCAAUUGAUGCGAGACUAUCUGGUGGACCCAGAGAACCACAUGGCGCAUCCGAAGCGAUUCAGUAACAGCAUUACCAACUCGAUCGUAUUUGGAAUCCGCACGGCGCACCGGAACGGAUCAAACAUGAGACGUCUCUACAAACUUAUGGAGGAGUGGUCCGAGAUCAUGGAAACCGGCGCCACUCCUCCGGUGGACCUCUUCCCAUGGAUGAAACUCCUGCCCGAGUGGAUGUUCAACAACUACGUCACCCGGGCCAAGGCCAUUGGCGUCCAGAUGGAGACUCUUUACACGGACAUUUUGAACAAGGUGAUUAAGAGGCGCGACGGGGGACAGAAUCUGGGCACAUUUAUGGAUCGCGUGUUGGACGGUCAGGAAAAAAACAAUCUGCCCUGGCACCAGCUUGCAUUUAUUGGGGGCGUGCUGAUGGAGGGAGGCUCGGAUACCAGCUCCAGUCUGAUCCUCGCCAUCGUGCAAGCGCUGAUCCAGAACCCAGCGGUUCAGGAAAAAGCUCAUGCGGAGAUUGACUCGGUCGUGGGUCAUGACAGGUCUCCUGUAUGGGAGGAUCUGGAGAAGCUGCCGUAUAUCAACAUGAUAGUCAAGGAGGGCCAUCGGUGGAGGCCGAUUCUACCGCUCUGUUUUCCCCAUGCGCUAGGAGAAGACGAUUGGGUGGACGGCAAAUUCCUCCCCAAGGGCACCGUUGUGGUGAUCAAUACAUGGGGAAUGCAUAUGGACCCUUCCCAACCUAAUGACCCGGCUAAAUUCAUUCCAGAGCGCUACGCUGAUCACCCGCAACUGGCCCCCGAGUACGCUGCGGGCAAAUGGGAGAAUCGGGACCACUACGGAUAUGGAGUUGGACGGCGCAUUUGCCCGGGAAUCCACCUGGCAGAACGAAACAUGUUGUUGGCCAUUGCCAAGCUGCUGUGGGCGUUUGAAUUCAAACCGCCGGAGGGGAAGAUCGACAGUGAUCCGGUUACUGGAUACCACAAUGGAUUUCUCUACUGCGCAAAGGACUACGCCUGUCAACCGGUGGUUCGAAACGAGACCAUCCGGGUUGCUAUGGAGAGGGAAUUUACCACAGCUACGAAGGAGGUGUUUUCGCAGUUUACAGAGGGUUAG